AUGGUUACGACCGACGAGGGGAACGAGUUCAACACGCUGCAGAUGGUGCUGGGGCUGAGAAUUGGCAAAGCGGCUGGAAGACAGGGACUCCAUGGCAGUCUGAUCAAGAUGCUGAAGAAGGACCUGGCGGGCGAGGGUGGAAAUGUGAUGACCAUGUUGCACACGCUACAACACCAGACAGCACGACGCGGUCUUACAGAUGAUGCUGCUGUAGAAAACAACGGUAGUGUUGUCCAAGCAGACAACAUCACGGCCUCCCAGCCCCGAGUGGCCUUCCCGGAGCUGAGCUUCCUCAUCGUUCCACGCCGUAAAGGCCUUGCCUCUGCUUUUGGACCAUUCUCAGAUUGUACGGUUACUAAGCUCUGGACCUUGGUGAGACAUGAGGAGAAGGUGGAUGCGAUCGCCCUUGCUGCCGCUGACACCGACUUCCUCUUCUUACUGGAACAGCUCCAGGGCCAGGGGAUUUGCACCCUGGCCUUGCUGCCCACCGCAGUGGCGCCGGGGGUCUCCAGGGCCUUCGCGUCGGUGGCAGAGGUGGAAAGGUUUCAGAUGGACGGCCUGGAGCGCUGCCCCACCAAGAAGAUUGUUCUGCACCGAGCCAGCAGUUCUGUUCUUCAGCCCAUGGAGCGACACUUGUGGCAGCCGACCGGGGUCAGCCGCAUUGAGGACCUGGACCCCGAGCAGUUUGGCGCUGCUGACCAGGCGACCGCACAGUCAGGAGGGUUUAGGGUACCGGUUUACGUGGCAAAGCGACCAGCACUCAAGGAUCAGCCUCUCCUGCCUGCCGUGGCAAAGCUCUUCGCAACGCUUGGGAAGGCCUUCACUGCCUGGCCCAAGCGCCUGGCCUUCGCGGAGGCGGUGCAGGAGAUGUUCGCGAGUGGCAGUUCCUGGGAGAAACACAUCCCGCGCUGGGUCUUUGUGUUACCCUGCGGCACCCAGGUUGCGACGAAGAAGUGGCUUGAGGCAUGCGGCUCUUUAAAAGGCGUCGAGUUCAUCCGCGGAGGGGGCGCGAGGCUGUUUGUGGACUCCGUAAAUUUGGUGCCGGAGGUCCUGCAUCAGCUCGGGUAUUUCGAUGACGAGCUAAACGAGGACUUGAGCGAGGCGAUCGAUGUGUUCGCAGACAUGAAAGGCAACAGCAAAGUACUGGCCGCGAGUGGCGUCUCCAUCAAACCGGACUACCCAGUCCACACAAAGCAAGCUCUGUUGCACGCGGCCCUGGUCUCACCCAAGCUGCAUGGCGAGUGGCAGCUGGCGCCCAGCGAUGACUUGGUUCGUGGUCACCUACUGGCGCACGGUUGGAUCCGCCGCCGGUCCGCACCGUGCCUUGAUGUUUUUGCGGCUCUGAAGCGCUUUUGCGAGUCUACUGGGCUUCCGCAUCGGAGGACUUACCGGGGUGCCGUGAAGGAGUUCUCGAAUCACCUGACCAAAGUUGACCCAAGAGGAAUCCUCAGAUUUGGGGCAUGCCUCUUGGGCACCUAUGUCUUGUUAGUUGAGGGCAUCAUGUUUUUCAGCGACUAUGCUCAAACCUAUCCGGAUUGGAACAGUUUCACGGGCAGAACCUUCGUGCAUUACUUCUGCCCACCUUUGUUUCAGAACUUCAGGGCAUUCAAACAUUUCGGUCCAGAGCCACCAUCCAGGGAGCUGGACUGGGUUCCUCGGGUCUGCACGGAACUGUACGAGGGGCCACACUGCUCAAACGUGACGCACUGGAAAGGUACCGUGAGGCUUGAAAUCGACAACCAUGUGAUUGAGGACGUGCACAUGCAUUCUAGGGGACAUUCUUCGGCCAUGUUUCCGAAGCACCAAUUCUCUCUGAAGCUGCCGAAGCAGAUGCCACUUCUGGGAAUGGCACCAGCCAGACGGUGGGUGUUGGCCACAUCCUUUGUGGACGUGUCUUUCCAGAGAAAUCCCACGGCCUUCGAGGUCUACCGUAAGCUCGGGGGUUGGGCCACUGAUACUGUCUACGUGAACUUGGAGUGGCAUGGAGUCGACUACGGGCUUUACUACAUAGGUGAGCGGGUUGAAUGCGGAGGUGGUCGUCUUGACUCCUGCCAGACGCUGCCUGGUCGGCCCGAGGCCUCCGACUUCCUGUUGACAAUCGACUGGGCCAAAGCCGGCAAGGUAGCCAUCCGCAGCAACGUCACGGAAACUUUCUUCAGCGUUUUGUACCCGGUGGGUGCUCUCGAAGCCAGCAGCCACGCAUUCCUCCGAAACCUCAUCGACUCGGUGGACUCCCUGGCAGCCUCAGGUAAGCCUGAAGAAUUGCUGCAUAUGCUGGACUUCCAAAGCUUCGUGCGCUAUUUUGUGGUGGAAGAGCUGGCGAAGGAUGUGGAUGGAUAUGCCUUCUCGAACUACGUGAUGGUCCGUCAAGGGAAGCUGAUGCAUGCGGCUCCCUGGGACUUCGACCUGGCUUUCGACUUCGCCUGCAUGCCUCGCUACUUCACGAACGUCUUCACCGGCAAUGCUUCCUUGGGAGUGGUAGGCUGGAAUGUGGAGAACGCCCGCUCGGAUGCGCUCUGGAUAGGGCCUUCGGGCAUCCCUGGUGGCAGUGUGAAGCGUUUUGGCAUCAACAAGCGCCAGCUCUUUCUCAACAUAUGGAGAUACCCAGGAUUUAAGGCCGCCUUUGCAACAGCCUGGAAGGCUGCAAGAGGCCGCAUGCUGGGGGAUGCCAUGCUCGUGGCGAUGGUCAGGAGAAGAAGCAAGCAGAUCUCCUCUGCCGCAAAUCUCGAUCUGGAUAUUUGGCGUAGAACAAAUCGGUGCGGCUUCUGGCGCUGCUGCGCGCCUGAUGACACUCAUAGCUUCAAAAAGGCUUCCGAACACCUUGCAAAUUAUUUGGUUUCCCGGGCACACUGGAUUGACGAGAACAUCGAUGCCCUUUUGGACUAG